UGGAAGCCCCGCCCACCCACCGGACAGCUGAUUGUCGGGUGGGGGUGUGAAAAGAACAGUGUGCCUAGAGAGGGGUCCGGCCUGACACCAGCUAUUCCCCACCUUGCCGUUUGCAAUGGUACAGUCCAGCCUCCACCCUUCCUGGAGUGGCUUCCCAGUUUCCUUCUUUUGCGUCUUUUCAUCAUCACCACCAGGCUUUGCAGCUCCUUCUCUCUCCUCCCGCAGCCUCCCUCCGCAUCGCUCGUUCUCUGCCCGUUGCCAAGAUGGGAGGAAGACUCCUGAUGAAAAUGGGAGCAGGAGCUGCAAUCGGAGCAGGUCUCGGACUAGGGGGCACGUGCUUGGUGGUCCCAGUGGUGCUUAAAGCCGUGGGAUUCACCGCUGGAGGAAUCGCAAGUGCAUCUUUGGGUUCCAAGAUGAUGGCUGCCUCGGCCGUUGCCAAUGGUGGAGGCGUUGCCGCCGGCGGUCUGGUGGCAACACUCCAGUCGGUCGGGGCUGCAGGCCUCUCCUUGGCCACCAAACUUGGGGUGACAGCUAUGACAGCGAGUGGAGGGACAAUUAUUGGUGCUUUCAAGAAGGACUUAAGCCCAGCAGAUCCUCCCCUUCCUGUGAAGAAGUGAAACAUAGGAACAUGGGAAGCUGCUUUAUACUGAGUCAUCUAGCUCCAUUGGUCCCUCUAACUCAGUAUUGUCUACACAGACUAGCAUUCUCCUGAUCAAUGACUGCCCCCUGCAUAACAGGCUGCACUUGCUGAAAUUCCCUCUUCCGUGUGUCUCAGUCCAGGUGAACUGUCCUCUCUUCCAUACAGCAGCACUAUUCCCACCCAUUGCCACAUGAUUUUACUCCUGCUGAGUAAAAGAGGCAGCUUUUAAAAGUGGUGAUUCUCUUUUUUUUAGCAGGGGGAGAGCAACUGGCCCUGUCCAUCCCCAGCACAGCAUCCCUCCAGUGGCUGCUGCUGGUGUCUGCCUUAUGUAUCUUUUAGAUUGUGAGCCCUUUGGGGACAGGGAACCAUUUUAGCCACUUAAUUUAUCUACUUUAUUUCUCUGUAAACCACUUUGGGAAACUUCUUGCUGAAAAGUGGUGUAUCAAUAUUUGUCAUAUUUGUAUGAAAACAAUCCCAUUUUUUGUUUUGGAAGAAAAUGAAAUGUUGGGGGAAAUUGAAGUAUAGGCAAUUCAUUCUUAAAGCACCCUUUACAGUUCUAAAGUCUCGUUGUUUCUGUAGGAGCAUUUAUUAUGUAUAACUUGCUUUGCUCAUAACAUUGAUCAUGUAUGGUAUAUUACAUUUAGAAGUAUAGUUUAUUCAGACCAUUAGUCCAAAUUUAGUAAUUUACUUGUAAUUUUUGUUACAAAUGGACUGCAAUCUGCAGAUUUAUAUAAAUAUAAAUAGAUACUUAGCAGGGGGAAAGCAACUGGCCCUAUCCGUCCCCAGCACAGCAUCCCUCCAGUGGCUGUUGCUGGUGGCUGUCUUAUGUUUCUUUUUUAGAUUGUGAGCUCUUUGGGGACAGGCAGCCCAUCUUAUUGAUUUAAUUCUGUGUAAACAGCUUUGGGAACUUUUGUUGAAAAGUGGUAUAUAAACAUUUGUUGUAUUCGUACGGGCCACAACUAGAUUUCUGAGCUUCCUUAUCAAAAGUGCUCAGUAAAAUGUUGGUAAUAAAAACAAAACUAAAAAGUU